CCAACUUUGUUUGUGUUCAUUGCAGUGGUGUAAAGCAGAUUCUCCUGUAAAAUGGCUGCCUUCAAAGCUUUCUGGAAUAGCCCUGUUGGUCCAAAGACGACACACUUUUGGGGACCUGUGGCGAAUUGGGGAUUUGUGGCAGCUGGUCUGGUAGAUAUGCAGAAACCCCCAGAGAUGAUCUCUCCGAAUAUGACGGGAGCGAUGUGUGUUUAUUCAGCAUUGUUCAUGAGGUUUGCCUGGAUGGUACAGCCACGCAACUAUCUCCUUCUAGCCUGUCAUGCUUCAAAUGAGACUGUCCAACUCUAUCAGUUCUCACGGUGGGCAAAGGCUCAAGGGUACUUGUCUGAGGAGAAAAAGGACAAGGCCUAAUGGAUGUGCCUUCGUAUAUCAAUCACCGGAGGCUGCUGCACAUUGUUCUAGUGAUUUUCUUCUUCUACUUCUCUUAACUCACUUUGUUUCUUGUAUCAAACGCUUGUGACCACGUUGUCCGAUUAAGGUCAGAAUUCUCUCAAGUUCAUUUUUUCCCCCAGAAUUGAUUGGCUGCUAUUUAUGACAUUUUGGUUGGAGAAAUAACAUGUACAGAGCAUAACGAGAGGACCAAGAAUGGGCUUUUCCAUGUACCAUCUGUCCUUUUAGGAAGCAGAAUUGUACUUCAAAACCAUUUGAUGAAAAACUUGUACUUGUCAACUUGACAAUCUUCGUAAGGCUCUCUUGUUCUGUUAUUCUUGUCAUGGUGGUUUGUGAUGCGAUCCAGGAUGGGCCAAUCUGGGGCCUUUGUAAGGAAGGAUGGGUGGAUUACAUUUCAUUGUAACAUCGGGUUAUACUUGCAAUGAAUUCUUGAAAAUUUUGAAUCUCUCUAAGAAUUAUAGAAUGCAAGUCGGUAGUGAUGCUGAUAUGCCAUUCAGAA